CAUCUGCUCAAACUUAAACACAUAUACAUAUUUACAUAUACAACCAAUCUUAUCUUAUCACAUUCGCUUAUAUGUGUCACAAAAAAUUUUCGAAAAUAAUUUCAAAAAAUUUUUUUUUCAAAUUGCCGCGCAAUGCCUUGCACAAUGCACAUUGCCAACUAUUGUGAAGAGGCUUAUAUACAGUAUUAAAUGCACAAUAACGCACCAGUUAACUCCAAAACAAAAAAUACCAAUAUAAGGCUAGUAUGUAUGUGUGACCGCACAACUGAAAAUAAUAAAUUGCCGGCAAGUCUAAGUGCCCCUUUGUUUUUGUUGUUGCUGUCGCUGGUAAAUUAGACCUAUUUGGUGGCUGUAAAAGCAGCCAGGUAUAAAGCUUAUCAGAAACAAAGAAAUCUUAUCGUACAAUCAGUAAGUAAGUUAACCAACAAGCAAUUGAGCGGAGCCGCACCAAGCAAUAGGAUGCCACAAUACGUGCCAAUAACGGGCUACGAGCAACUGGAGGAUGCACUGAAAGUGCACGCCAAGAACAACUGUCUCAUCUAUAUGUAUUUCUUUGGUGAGAAGGACAGCAAGGGUCGUAGCUGGUGUCCUGACUGUGUGGCGGUUGAGGAUGCGGUGGAGACGGCAUUUCGCGAAUAUUCCCAUCCAAAUUCGUUGAUCUAUACGGUUGACGUGGGCAACCGAGCCGCCUGGAAGGAUAAAUCACCAGCUAAUAAAUUUCGCUUGUCGCCCUACAAUCUUACCGUUAUACCCGCGCUCUUGCGCUGGAACAACUCGGAGCGUUUAGAUGGCGAUCAGCUGCUGAGGCCCGAUAUGCUCAAGCUCUUCUUUGAGGAGGCGAAGUCGCAGAGCUCCACCGACAAAACAAUUCCAUGCAAAUAGUGAAUAAGCCGCAAACCUACUGUAAUUGACCGCUAGCCAGGGUUGCGUGUAUAUGUGUGUGUACGAGUAUGCGAAUGCAUGUGCGUGCGUGUGCCUGUGUGCGUGUACAUGAAGAGAGCACAAUAAACAUGCUGUUGAGUGGCACUCGGUUAGCGAGUGAAACUCAAUGGCCAUAGUAAAACUCAA